AUGCUUGACAUUAAUAUUGUGGAAUUAGAAUCCAAGAAAUUCUUUAAGGUGCACUGGCUUGGAACAAUUGUCAAUGAAGAGGAAGUGAUUGAUAUUAGUCUUCCAAAAACUGCUAUAGUUAAUGAAAUUAUUAAAAUAAUUAUAAACAAACUAGCAUUAAGACCUACUAGUAGAAUUAGAUUAUAUGAUGCCUUAAAUUGCAAAAUUCAAAAAGAAUAUGAUAUUAACGAUUCAAUAAAUAUGAUGCAGGAAGAUAUGACAUUAUAUGCGGAGGAAAUACCACAAGAUGAAAUCAAACUAGACACUAAUGAUAAAGUUAUUCAAGUAUAUCAUUUCAUUAAGAAACCAUUACACACAUAUAGAAUUCCAUUCAAAUUUGUUAUUAAAGCUGAUGAGCCCCUCUCUACGACAAUAUUACGCCUUAAACUACGCUUAGGAAUAAAUGAAAAGGAUUUCUCGAAAGUAAAAGGUGCAGUUGUACAAGCGCAAUCACAUGCUAAGCUUCAGUAUAUAGAUGAUAAUGUUAUUCUGUCGGAUUAUGGAUUAACAGAUGAGCUUCUAGGUCUUGAUCAUCUUAAAACGAGUGCCAGUAAAGUCAUUGAACCUAUGUCAGAUGACAAAUUAGCCAGUUUUGCUGGUAGUAUAGUAAUUAGUACGAGUGUUGGUAUUGUCUUAGGUUUAUACUCUACCUAUACUGGAAGAAAAGGAUGGUAUAAAAAUAAAGGAAAGUUAUCAAUGAUUUUAGCAAUAGUGGUUCCUUUGUUAAGUUUUAUUGGGAUCAUUGGAAGUUGGGGUAUAACAUUAUUAGUAUUUGUAAGGGUUAUAGUAAAUUUAUUAAGUUUACCAAAUCCUUUUCUUCCUGAAGUGACAUUUAUUUCAUAUUUAAUACGUUUUUUUAUUGUAUCUAUUACUGAAGAGUGGACUAGUGCUAAUUGUACUAAUUCUUCACGUAGUCAAAUAAUUUGGUUAUUCAUUAGCAAUGUAUUAAUAUUUUGUUUUAUGUUUUGUUGUACUGGAAAUUAUUUAACCCAUAUAGGAAAACUAGCAUCAGUAUUUAGUAAUCAUCAAAUGUUAGAGGUAUAUGCAGAUAAUAUGGAAGUGAGUGGGAAAGAUAUUCUAAGUUUAGUUAGAAAUCGUUCUAAUGAUGAGAAAUUUUGUAAAAUGGCAAAUAAAUAUCAAAUAUCAGUAGAGGAAUUGAGAAAUAGAUUAGGACAUUUCAAAGAAUUGAUUGUGGAUAUUCCAAUUGAAUUAUAUACAGGUGUGUAG